CUUAAAGUUGACAAGCAAAGCUGACAGCGAAGUGAUUUGGUUGUUGACUUCUCGGUGUUUCUGUGUACAAGACAUUAUUCAAACAUGUCUGUCAUCCAGUUGAAAGAAGGGGAAUACACGUCGACAAUAUACGGCAUGAUUAGAGACCAGAGGUAUGCAGAGGCUGUACAACUGCUAAAUCAGCAAUUACAAAGCCACCAGAAGUCUCGAGCUGGUCUGUCUUUGCUGGGAUAUUGUUACUAUCAGAUGCAGGACUUUGUUAAUGCAUCAGAUUGCUAUGAACAGCUUACCAUUCUUCACCCUGAUAUUGAUGACUACAGGAUGUACUAUGCCCAGUCUCUGUACAAAGCUUGUCUCUAUCAGGAGGCUAUGAAAACUGCCUGUGUUAUAGAAAACCCACAGUACUCAGGAAGUAUGACCAAAUUGCAGGCUGCCAUAAAGUACGGGGAAGAAGAUUUAGCAGGAGCUAAGAGCCUAGUGGAGCAGUGCCCAUCUGAUGAUCCGGAUACUGAAAUCAACCUUGGGUGUCUUCUCUUCAAGGAAGGACGAUAUGAUGAAGCCUGUGUUAAGUUUACCACAGCCAUGCAGUUCAUGGGAUACCAACCAGACUUGUCUUACAACAUUGCCUUGUGUCACUACAUGUUGAAACAGUACGCUCCUGCACUGAAGCACAUUGCAGACAUCAUUGAGAGGGGUAUCAGAGAACACCCAGAACUGAGUGUGGGGAUGACCACUGAAGGUAUAGAUGUGAGAAGUGUGGGGAAUACCCUGACCCUCCAUGAGACUGCCCUGAUAGAGGCAUUCAACCUGAAGGCAGCCAUAGAGUACCAGUUGAGAAACAUGGAGGCAGCAUGUGAGGCAUUGACGGACAUGCCCCCACGGUCAGAGGAAGAGCUAGAUGCUGUCACAUUGCACAACCAGGCCCUCAUGAACAUGGACGCCUUACCCACCCAAGGCUUUGAGAAGAUGCAGUUCCUUUUACAGCAGAACCCAUUCCCCCCAGAAACAUUUGGCAAUCUUCUGCUUCUCUACAUAAAAUAUGAGUAUUAUGACUUAGCAGCGGACGUUCUGGCUGAGAAUGCUCACCUCACAUACAAAUAUUUAACACCAUAUCUGUAUGACUUCCUGGAAGCUGUGAUAACUAAGCAGACGUCACCUGAGGAAGCCUACAGAAAACUGGAUGAAAUGGCCUCCAAGCAAACCGAAACCCUCAGAAAACUCACAAAACAGGUUCAGGAGGCUCGUCAGAAUCAUGAUGAUGAGAUGGUGAAGAAAGCUGUGAAUGAUUAUGAUGAGGCUUUAGAGAGGUAUAUCCCAGUGUUGAUGCAGCAGGCUAAGAUCUACUGGGAUCUGGAGAAUUACCAGCAGGUGGAGAAGAUCUUCAGGAAGUCGGUUGAGUUCUGUAAUGAACACGAUAUAUGGAAGCUUAACGUUGCCCAUGUCCUCUUCAUGCAGGAAAACAAAUACAAGGAGGCAGCUGGAUUCUAUGAACCAAUCGUCAAGAAAAAUUAUGACAAUAUCCUGAAUGUAAGUGCCAUUGUCCUGGCCAAUCUGUGUGUGUCCUACAUCAUGACCAGUCAAAAUGAAGAUGCUGAGGAGCUGAUGAGAAAGAUUGAGAAGGAAGAGGAACAAGUGGCUUAUGUGGACCCAGACAAGAAGAUAUAUCACUUGUGUAUUGUGAACCUUGUGAUAGGAACACUAUACUGUGCCAAGGGAAACUACGAGUUUGGGAUCUCACGAGUGAUCAAGAGCUUGGAGCCGUACCAGAAGAAGUUAGGGACUGACACGUGGUACUACGCUAAACGCUGCUUCCUCUCCCUCAUAGAGAACAUGUCCAAACACAUGAUCAUGAUGAGAGAUGCGGUGAUACAGGAGUGUAUACAGUUUCUCGAGCACUGUGAAAUGUAUGGCCGUGAUGUGAAGGCAUUGAUAGAGCAGCCAUUGGAAGAGGAACCCAGGCACCCAGGCAAAAACACAGUGUCCUAUGAGGCCAGACUGCUCAAGAGUCUUCUCCUACAGUUGAACUGAAAGCUACAAGACAGCCACAUCCCAGACGACGAACCACAUGGACUUGGCACGUACAUGUACCUCCAGUUCUCGUUUGACAUCCUUAGCCAAUGAAAAAACAGAUUAGCACAUAUACUAUGGGUGUUCUAUAUUUCAUAGUACCUAUCAGAGAUAUAUUGUUCGUCACACAGGUAUUUGACCCAGAUACCUUGAAUUAGAGGCGUGUGCUGCGUAAGUCAGACAAUGUUUGGCUCAGAGUAUGGCUCCAACUAUAUUGCAUAAUCCUCGUCUAACCCACACAUAAAUAAAUGUAUAUCUAAUAUUCACAAAUGGAUCUGUGUGAAUCUAAUUUAUUUUCCAAAAAAUGACAUGUAUCUAAAACAACAGUUUCAACAUACAUUUAUUACCUGUCAGUCAUUUCAAAAGGAAUUGACUAUUUCAUUGGAGGUAAAAAAGCUACACAGCAUCAAUCAGUUGGUAAUACUUUUGUAAUACAUUUCACUGUACCUGUAGUAUAUCUGCACAUGCUUAAAUGAAUGAAUGGUGAUUUUGUUUAAUCCGUCCAAAGCUGUGUAAGUCAGUUUCUGUUCAGUCUGCUCAAUUAAAAGGCUUUUUUUUGUGACAAAAGCAACUGUUUUAAUUGCUUUCAUUACCCAAGGAUAUAUCUGCUGAAGUUGUGCAAGCCAUAGUUAACAGCAGACCAUAACACAGACAAAUUCA